AUGGCGUCCCAGAGAGCUACGCUCAACUACACGGGCAUUGUGGAACGAACUGAUAACUCUCGGGUCGAGACCUGGGGGCCCGACGCUGGAGCCAAUGGUUCUUCAGCCCUCCGUCCACCAGUAAACCGGGGGCAAAGCCAAGGUUCCACAAAGAGUCUCCCCGCCUAUGAGAGGAAGUACAGAAUGGCGAGGUUGUACUCGUGGAGGACCAGGCGAGCCGCGCGCGAUAGCAUGGCUGAAAAUCACGAGUCAGACCGGCCUGACUGUGAAGCACCGGAAACUUCCAAUAGCAUAGCUGCGAUUAGAAAUUCCGGGUCUACUGCGACCACCGCCACCUCUGCCAAUAAUGCGGAUACCGACUGUUCUGAUUCAGCGGCACCUGUGGUUGUUCCAGUUCAUGAUGCUGCAAAUAGUGAUUCACUUUACGGGGAUGCAUAUGUGCCCAGUUACGAUGGUAUAGUUGGGUCCACAAUCCAAGCAUGCGAUAUCACCGAAGCAGAGAUCACGACCAUGGGGACCAGAAAAGCAAGGAACUAG